UAUCAACCCCACCACUCCACACCCUCCACACCCUUCGUACAACCCCAAAUUCCCGUGACAACCACCCAAAACCACCCCAACCAACCUUGAACCAAUACCAAAAAUGACCACCACCGAUCAAAUCUCAGUCCUCUUUGUCUGCCUCGGCAACAUCUGUCGCUCCACGAUGGCAGAGGGGGUCUUCCGAUCACUAGUCUCCAAGCCACCGUACCAGGCGAUGAUAGCGAAAGUUGACUCCUGUGGGACGGGGGCGUAUCAUAUUGGAUCGAGUCCGGAUUCGAGGACCAUGUCGACGUUGAGGGAGAAUGGGGUUGGGGAUUAUGUGCAUGCUGCUAGGAAGGUGGGUGGGGUUGAAAUUAAAGAGUUAUUUAUUGGGGAUGUGAGGUUCGGUGCUGAUGAGUUUGUAGAUUCGGAAGGAGGAUUUUGGGGAGUUUGAUUAUGUUUUUGCUAUGGUAUGGGGGUUUCUUUCUUCCUUUUUUUUUAUGUUUAUUUUUGUGAGGUGAGAUGGGAUAUUUUCACCUGAUCAACUUUUCAGAAUCUGUCUGGUCUGAAAUGAGGCUCUAUCAUUUAUUUCGAGCCUCAUAAGAGGUUCAAACUUCAUUAUUGGGUCUCAGCUGACCGACUCCCUCAGGAUCGUGACAACCUCCGAGAUCUCCAAAGAAUCCACGAGCGAAGCGGCGGCAAGGCCAAAGUCAUGCUCUUCGGUGAGUACGCAGGCAAGAAGAAGGCUGAGGAAGUGGAUGAUCCGUAUUACGGGGCUCGGGAUGGCUUUGAUAUUGCCUAUGAGCAGUGUAUGAGGUGAGAUACUCACUUGUUAAGUUGCUAUCGGGUAAUGCGUACUUUGCGAUUCGUUUUGCUUACCUAUGGACAUCAGGUUCAGCCAUAAUUUCUUGAAGGAAGUUUUUCCGGAUGUUAAGCCGUGAAACUAUUGAAAAAAGGCGGGCGAAUUCGGAUGACGUGAAAUACUGGUAGGAAGCGGGGAGUUCAGUAGUUCUGCAGCAGAUUUGUUUGCCACAAAACAUGUUUGUACUGUGGGGUACUUGAUAGAUCGACUUGAUGGGAGGGGUUGAACUAAGCCUUGUGGUAGCAGCGCAAGAAGGCAUGAAUUUAGAGCUUGAAAA